CUUUACACCAUUGUUAGAGAUUUUAAAAACAUGUCGACAUGAAACUCAGAACAUGUCGACACGAAACUCAUAGAAACAUGUCGACAUGAAACUCAUAGAAAGAAUGAGUCAAAUAUAAUAUAAGCAAAUUGGACACUCUUCAAAUACAGUGGUUGCGUCUUUAAUGAAUGAACAUACUAUCAAUUAGCAACUACUGCUGACUUCAAUGAAUUAACAUACUAUCAAUUAGCAACUGCUGCUGACUUCAAUGAAUUAACAUACUAUCAAUUAGCAACUGCUGCUGACUUCAAUGAAUUAACAUACUAUCAAUUAGCAACUGCUGCUGACUUCAAUGAAUUAACAUACUAUCAAUUAGCAACUGCUGACUUUAAUGAAUUAGCAUACUAUCAAUUAGCAACUGCUGACUUUAAUGAAUUAACAUACUAUCAAUUAGCAACUACUGCUGACUUCAAUGAAUUAACAUACUAUCAAUUAGCAACUACUGCUGACUUAAAUGAAUUAACAUACUAUAAAUUAGCAACUGCUGACUUUAAUGAAUUAACAUACUAUCAACUAGCAACUGCUGCUGACUUCAAUGAAUUAACAUACUAUCAACUAGCAACUGCUGCUGACUUCAAUGAAUUAACAUACUAUCAACUAGCAACUGCUGCUGACUUCAAUGAAUUAACAUACUAUCAACUAGCAACUGCUGCUGACUUCAAUGAAUUAACAUACUAUCAACUAGCAACUGCUGCUGACUUCAAUGAAUUAACAUACUAUCAAUUAGCAACUGCUGCUGACUUCAAUGAAUUAACAUACUAUCAAUUAGCAACUGCUGCUGACUUCAAUGAAUUAACAUACUAUCAAUUAUCAACUGCUGACUUUAAUGAAUUAACAUACUAUCAAUUAGCAACUGCUGCUGACUUUAAAUCCAAAUGUAAACAGUUUAACCUUUUUACAUAAUGUAAAUUAUUUUGAAUAAAAUAAUUUUAUUUAUUUUCGAGAAAUCACGUUAUUGGUUGCUAGGCAAAACAAUAUAGAUUUAUAACUGGUUCCAUAGCUUUUCUUUAUCUCCUGGGUACCAACGUUUUUAGCUCAUCUGAUUUUUUGAAAAAAAAUGAUGAGUUAUUGUCAUCACUUGAGCGGUUGUCGGCGUCGGCGUCUGCGUCGGCGUUGCCUGGUUAAGUUUUAUGUUUAGGUCAGCUUUUCUCCUAAACUAUCAAAGCUAUUGCUUUGAAACUUGGAAGACUUGUUCACCAUCAUAAGCUGACCCUGUAUAGCAAGAAACAUAACUCCAUCUUGCUUUUUGCAAGAUUUAUGGCCCCUUUUGUACUUAAAAAAUAUCAGAUUUCUUGGUUAAGUUUUAUGUUUAGGUCAACUUUUCUCCUAAACUAUCAAAGCUAUUGCUUUGAAACUUGGAAUACUUGUUCACCAUCAUAAGCAGACCCUGUACAUCAAGAAACAUAACUCCAUCUUGCUUUUUGCAAGAAUUAUUGCCCCUUUUGGACUUAGAAAAUCAGUUUUCUUGGUUAAGUUUUAUGUUUAGGUCAGCUUUUAUCCUAAACUAUCAAAGCUAUUGCUUUGAAACUUGCAACACUUGUUCACCAUCAUAAGCUGACCCUGUACAGCAAGCAACAUAACUCCAUCCUGCUUUUUGCAAUAAUUAUUGCCCCUUUUGGACUUAGAAAAUCAUUUUCUUGGUUGAGUAUUAUGUUUAAGGCAACUUUUCUCAUAAACUAUCAAAGCUAUUGCUUUAAAACUUGCAACAGUUUUUCACAAUCAUAAGUGGACACUGUACAUCAAGAAACAUAACUCUAUCCUGCUUUUUGCAAGAAUGAUGGCCCUUUUUAGACUUAGAAAAUCAUGGGUAGGACAAUAUUUCUAUUAUACAAAAAAAAAUCAGAUGAGCGUCAGCACCCGCAAGGCGGUGCUCUUGUUUAAACCGGUUUCGAGCUAAUACGCAUGAUCAGGUAUUGUGCUAUAAAUACCGCUAAACCUGUGCUCUUCAUUCACUUUGCAUUACUACAUGGUUGUGUCAAGAGAAAACUUACCAAGGCCAGAGAGAAAAGUUUUUCAAGGUUACGCUAUAAAGAACCAUUAAAAUGCCACGCGGUCGCCGGAGACAGGCACAGGCUAGACGUGCAUUACCUAGACAGGAGAGAGACGUUGAACAGGAGGAGGAACAAAAUGCGCCAAAUGUUCGGCGUAAUCUGAGAAGGAAUGCUGCCAGAGACGAGCAGAAUGACCAAGGUCAACAAAAUGUCAGUGGCACCAGAGGACAGAAAAGGCCUGCGGCUGACCUCGAGGACGCUGUAGACGAGAGGCUGCUACAAACAGAAGCCGGUAUUGAGCUGAAACAGAGCAGAAUUUAGUUGUCAGAGUCCGGCUGACCAGCCUUAUUUCAUGCAGUCCAAUAAUGUUCACAGUGAGCUGUGAGCUGAUGAAACAACCCCUGAUGACAAGUCUGGUGAUGAAGACACUUUUCCUUGGAUCAAUCAAGGGGAUGUCCUAGAGGCGUGGCUUCUAAAAGAAGGAUUGCCCAGUGGAGAUGUAUUAAUGUUAAAAGGCUUGGCUAAUGUGAAUACAUUAAACAUAUAUUUUGAAUUGAGAGGCAUGGUUUAUGAAAACAAGAUUGAUGUAAAUGGAAAAUGUACGAGGAACUCAGUGUAGGUUUGAAGAGACGUGGCUUAUGAAAUGAUGAACGGACAGUGUUGCAUUGCUGAAACAGUCCUUUCAGAUAGUGGAUUCCAUUAAAUGUUAAUGGAUAUUAGAGUACUGUUGGGGUUGAGUGGGGUUGCAUAUUACAUUACCUAUCAGUCAAAUUACGUCUGUUUUCAUCAAGGUAUGAAGUUUGACAUCUAGACUUAGCAUUUGGCUACCUUGUACAUGUGAGAACUAGCUCCUGCUAUCUUUCACUACUUUGGAUUUGCUGUUGAUCAAAUACAAGGGAGGACAUCACAUUGUCAUCAUGGCAGGAGGAAAUUUCGUCCUGAAAGCGGUACUCCUUUUAGUUGUAGUUGCUGUGAUAAAAGCAAAACCGCCGUGGGUGGAACAGAAAAGCAACUGUAGAAAAAAUUUUCCUGAUGAUUGCCCGCCUGGUGAGUUCUGCCUUGCAACAGGCAAUUCAAAUAACCCUAACAGCCAGUUUAAAUGCAAACCCUGUGAUUGUGCUCUUUUGACUCAAUGUUAUUUGGUUGGUCAGCUAGUAGGACCACUUGAUUGUAACUGUACAGGUUCCGGAUUCACUGGCGAAACAUGCCAUGAAGACAUUGACGAGUGUGCAACAAACACAGACAAUUGUGAUACGAAUGCAGCAUGCCAAAACACAAAUGGAAGUUUUACAUGUGCUUGUAACGCAGGUUGGACUGGCAAUGGAGUUACAUGCACAGAUGUUAACGAGUGUGCACCUGGAGGAUCCAAUAAUUGUGAUACAAAUGCAGCAUGCCAAAACACUGAGGGAAGUUUUACAUGCGCUUGUAACGCAGGUUGGACUGGCGAUGGAGUUACAUGCACAGACAUUGACGAGUGUGCAACUGAAGCAGACAAUUGUAAUUCAAAUGCUGAAUGCGCAGACACUGAUGGAAGUUUCACGUGUACAUGUAACACUGGUUGGACUGGCGAUGGAGUUACAUGUGAGUGUAUUGAUUCAAGCAGUUGUGAUGUGAAUGCAGCAUGCACAGACACUAUUGACAAUUUACAGUGUGUGUGUAACACAGGUUGGACUGGCGAUGGAGUUACAUGCACAGACAUUGACGAGUGUGCCACAAACACAGAUAAUUGUCAUUCGGAUGCAACAUGCACAGACACCGAUGGAAGUUUCACAUGUACUUGUAACACAGGAUUUUCUGGCAAUGGAGUAACAUGCGAUGACAUUGACGAGUGUGCCACAAACACAGACAACUGUCAUCCGAAUGCAGCAUGCACAGACACUGAUGGAAGUUUCACAUGUUCUUGUAACGCAGGUUUUUCUGGCAAUGGAGUAACAUGCGAGGAUAUAGAUGAAUGCAAUCCUAGUCAAUGCACGUCUGGGUUAGCCUGCACCAAUACAGUACCUGGAUACAUCUGUGGAUAAAUACAAAGAGGACCCAUUGAAGAUGACAUCUAGGAAAUCUAGAAUCACGAUGGAUUUAUAUAUCAAUUCAUGUUUAAUUGGUUGAUAUGUAUAUUUUAAUUGUAAUAAAAUUUCUCUUAUAAAUGAAAGUCAGUGGCACAGUGGUCAGCAGGUUGGACUUACGCCAGAAGUCUUUAUUCAAUUCCCAGUCACGACCGAUAUCCGGACUAGUGUUCAGUGCUGGGUGAUUUACUUAAAUUGGUACUGUUUCCAGCAGUAUCAGCCUAGACUGGAUGCUAAGGAGGUAAAGAUGACUCCUACCAUGGGCUCAGCUGGAAAUAAGUUGUUCCAUUCAUUCCAGGUGGGGAUUUUAUCAACUACCCACGUUAAACAAGAAACCUUUUACCUUUUUUUUAAAGGAGCAGGCCUGCAGAUGAAGAUAAGACUUUCAGAUAGCAGUGACAGUAUCAAAGUUAAUUAUUUUUUCAAGCUAUGGCCUGUACACAAACAAUCUGCAUUCUCGAAAUAGAAAUCUUUAUGUGUAAGUUUAUAUAUGAAUCCAUUGUCCUUCUUUCAUGACUGAGAAAAAAACACACAAAAAAAAAAUCUCUUUUUCAUAUGAAUGUUAGAAAGGUAUGUGUUUAUACAUGUCUUAAUAUUGUAAAUAUAACAGAUAACUGGCUAAUAAUUAAUUAAUUCUUCUAUAGAUUUCAAUGUGUUAAGUGUGUAAUUAAUAAAUAAGCUGUCUUUAAAACAGUCAUUUGCUAAGAUUAAUUCACAAACACAGUUCUGAAUUACUAAUUGUUAAGUCCAUUUAGCUUUCCUCUUAAACACGGUGAAGCAUUACUCAAAAUAAUAUAUUAUUAUUCCUUCUAAACAAUAAACACAGUUAUGCAUUAAUUCUUGCCGUUCAGAAUUUUUCUUGUAUUACAAACAGUGUUUAGGUUUAACUGAUGUUAAUGUGAGCUGUGCCAUGAGAAAACCAACAUAGUAGCUUUGCGACCAGCAUGGGUCCAGACCAGCCUACGCAUCCAUGCAGUCUGGUCAGGAUCCAUGCUGUUCGCUUUCAAAGUCUAUUGCAAUUAGAGAAACUGUUAGCAAACAGCAUGGAUCCUGACUAGACUGCGUGGAUGCGCAGGCUGGUCUGGAUCCAUGCUGGUCGCAUAGCCACUAUGUUGGUUAUCUCAUGGCGUGGCUCAGUUGUAUUUUUUUAUGUAAAUCACAUGUGUACAGAAGACCAAGCAUUCACCUCUGUUGUAAUGACCUUGUACAUACUGGUAUGCUGUAAAAUCAUAACAUUUGGUGGUCAUGAAAUUUCAUGGUUCCAGCCAAACCGAAAUUAAUAAUUGGAUUGCAGCCACAGGAGAUGAAAUUGAUUUGUUUGUUUGUUCGGAUUUAAUUUCGUGUAUUGGCACAAUUUGGAAACCUACAAAAUUAUAUUCCACCACGAAUAUUAAUGAUUAUACAGUAAUUGUUAUGAUUGCACAAAUUAUUAUCAUUUUGUCAAAUCUUUUUGGAUCUUAUAAAGUAAUUGUUUUAUUUAAUGCUAAAAUGUUUUAUCUUAUCAUUAAUUUACUACACCUAUUGUAAACAGUUUUGAUUUAUGUUCGAAUAUUUAUGAUUUUACUGAAAUGUAUGGAAUGUUUGUGAUAGAAUUGUUGAUAUCAUUUAGCAUUGUCGUUUUACUUUGAACUUUUCUGUCUUUCCCCAUAAAUUCUUUCCAAUAAAGUUCUUGAA